AUGCCUUCCAUCCGCCGGUCGGGUCGCCAGUCGGGGGCCCGGACCGUCUACACGGAAGAUCCAUUCGCGUCUGCCGGGCUCAGUGACCCCUCAGACUCUGAAGGUGCCACUGCCACCAAGGCUGCUCCCAGACGGCGCAGGCGCAAGGAUGAGUCUCCCUCAGAUGAUGAGUUUAUGGCGGUGUCUGGUGGAGAAGGCACCGACGAGCCCGAAGAAGACGGCAACGAUGAAGAAGAAGAGGAGGAGGAGCAGGAGGAAGAGGAAGAAGAUGAGCCCACUGUGCAAACCCCAAGAAAAGAACGCGUGGUUUCUCGUCCUCGAUAUCACAAAAAGCGCAGACCAGAUGGCACAGUCGCGCCAGCUGUUUCUGAAACCCACAUGCGAGGUAUCUUGGCCCCCAGCGACCAUGUCUCCAAGGGGAUGCACUACACCAUGGCCUUUGGUACGGACGAGCGCGAUGCCCUGACUGCAGUCUAUUCCCGGGACCGGUGGUAUUCCGGUGUGGACUCUGGCCUGCCCACUCGUGAGACUCUGGACAAGGCAGGCUCCAUGCCUGAUUAUGGAUGCGGAGCCACACUUGGCGUGACUCCAGAGGAGGUCAAAAGAGAGCGCACGACUGCAUGGGACUGGUACUACGACAAAGAAAUUGGCGAACGAUUUCGCAAACGACAGCGCGUCGAGACGAUCAAGGAGGCAGUUGCCCGCCGGGUUUAUUUGCCGCAACCCAAGAAAGGCAAGCAUACGAUUCUCGUGGGCCCCGCUGAGGAACAACACGUUUUGGAACUGGGCCAUCACGAAGCUCAAGACUUUGGCCAGUUCUGGGGAGAAACCAAGUCCGGCACCAAGAUUCGAGAAGGCUGGAUGCUCAACCUCGGACAGAGAGUCAUUUCGUCCGCGUGGGCACCCAACCAAGACGGACUGAACCAGUACCUGGCUGUGGCUGCACCCAUUACUGAGGAGCAGAAGAAAGACUCUGUCUCUGGGGAAGGUGUAUCUGCCUCGGCCUUUCAACCAUCAUAUUCCUAUCCAGCCGCGCUCCAGCUAUGGGAGUUCAAAGCGAAGCAAAGUGACACCCCGACCACAACGCUUGACAUGAGCUCCAAACCGCGGCUACGACUUGCCUUGUGUUCUAAUUGGGGGGAUCUACGACGCAUUUCUUGGUGUCCGAUUGGCCGGGACCAACGGAAAGAGGAUGAAAAGGGCAAUACCCAGUCCAUUGGAUUGUUGGCUAGUGUAUGGGGGGAUGGUCGAGUGCGAGUGUUGGAUAUCCGGAUCCGACGGGGUCACACGGGGACCGAAUUCGUUCAGAUCCAUUCGCCCGUCUUCGAGGCUAAACCGCCGUCGACGAUUUGUACCUGUGUCACCUGGCUUUCCCCCAGUGAUAUCGCCGUGGGGUGUGCCAAUGGCUUCGUGGGCGUUUGGAAUAUCGCGCACUCCGAGACCCUGCCGCUCAUGUACCGUCCGAUUCACGUCACCUACAUCCUGAACAUAGUCUCGGCGUACCCGACCCACCCACAGACGCUGACCACCAUCGGCAUGGACGGCGAGACUCGAUACUGGUCCCUCCUCGACCCCCAGGCCGAGGUCGUCAUGACGGGUCGCAUGCGGGUCGCCUCCAGCCACCUCAGCUAUUCCCCCGUGCUGCAGAGCUUUUUCUCCAGCGACGAGAAUGAAUUCGCGCGGAUCCUUCCUCUGCGCCGGUUUUUCAACACCAAUUACAUCGCCAAAAUGCCAAGCACGGUCUCGACCAUGACCCCGUGUAGUCCCUGGCACCCCUGCGUCAUGUAUGGUGGAGCCGGAGGCGAAGUGGUAGCCACCAACCCACUCCGCCGACUCUUGUACGCCAAGGAGCAGCAACUGCAGCAAACCUGGUUCAAACACACUUGGGUUCAGGGCCCACAGAAAGAGGGGUCAGGGGUCAGCCAAUUCUAUGACGGAUUCCAGGCCGAACGACAAAACUUGUCGCGUAACCUGGCGGGCGAUAGCAAGCUGGUGGAUGGGGUCCUCCUGGCGACCAUCCACGAGGAAGGGACACACGUCACCGCGCUGGGGUGGAACCCGAACCAAGCGUGCGCGGCGUGGGCCAGCGCGGCACUGGGAUGUGGACUGGUGCGGGUAGAGGACUUGGCCAUUUAG